AGCGUCACACUGACAGGUCUGCUGUGAAGCGCACUGUUAUCGCACUACAGUGGCAGUGUGCUGCUCUACAACCUGAGGUCAGUGCAGACUAACGGCAGGAAUACAAGCGCCACAUAAACACCUCGGAGGAUGUCUGGGAUCACUGGGAAUUUGGAUUGCGAGGAUUGUUUAUCCUCGGCACAUGUGGCCAACAGCACGGAGUUACAUCUGCACCCUGUGGAUGAGGACGAACUUCUGAGAUACAUCUGGAGAGAGUACUUACACCCCAAGCAGUAUGAAUGGGUUCUCAUUGUGGCUUACAUUAUUGUGUUCUUCGUCUCACUCAUUGGAAACUCGCUGGUUUGCUUUGCAGUGUUGAAAAACCGUCACAUGCGCACCGUGACCAACUACUUUAUAGUAAAUCUCUCCUUUGCCGAUGUCUUGGUUACCAUCAUCUGCCUGCCUGCGAGUCUCGUGGUAGACAUCACCGAGACGUGGUUCUUUGGAAAGACUCUUUGCAAAAUUGUGCCUUAUCUGCAGACCAUCUCUGUUUCUGUGUCAGUCCUGACACUGAGUUGUAUUGCCCAAGACCGUUGGUAUGCUAUCUGCCACCCGCUGAUGUUUAAGAGCACAGCGAAGCGGGCUCGCAAGAGUAUUGUUGUCAUCUGGGUUGUGUCGUGCAUCAUCAUGAUCCCUCAAGCUAUUGUGAUGGAGUGCAGCAGCCUGCUGCCUGAACUAACAAACAUGACCAGCCUGUUCACAGUGUGUGAUGAACAUUGGGGAGCUGAGAUCUACCCAAAGGUGUACCACACCUGUUUUUUCAUUGUCACAUAUUUUGCACCUUUAUGUCUCAUGGUCCUGGCGUAUAUCCAGAUAUGUCACAAACUGUGGUGUCAACAGCUUCCUGGGAGCACAUCAGUAAGGCAGAGGAAGUGGUGGUCCAUCCAGUGCUCAGCUCCGACUCCAGGGCUGGGAGAGCCCGUGAGGGUCAGGACCAGCACGGUUUGUGCUGAGAUCAAACAAGUGCGAGCCCGACGCAAGGCAGCUCGCAUGCUGAUGGUGGUGCUCUUUGUUUUCGCCUUGUGCUACCUACCAAUCAGCGUGCUCAAUGUCAUGAAAAGAGUCUUUGGGACGUUCAAGAAAACAGAUGACAGAGAGACAGUGUAUGCAUGGUUCACUUUCUCACAUUGGCUCAUAUAUGCUAACAGUGCAGCAAAUCCCAUCAUCUACAAUUUCCUUAGCGGGAAGUUCCGUGGGGAGUUCAAAGCAGCCUUUUCUUGCCAAGGUCAGAAUCUAGCCCAGAGAACGAGGCCCAGAGCACGCACAGACAGCCGGAAGUCCCUGUCAACUCAAGUCAACAACAUGGACAAUGUGUCACGCAUAUCAGAUCAGAUCCUACCAGCAAGUACCAACGAGAGGCACAGAUCAGAUGCAGGACGGCUUCAGUUGUCCACUAACAGCUUUCCAACAGCUAUCAUGCAACUGAUGCAUCUGGCAGUUGCAGUCAUUCUUGGAGCUGUGAUACCUCAGAUAUCCAGCUUCAGCAUUUCAUCUCCACCUUCUGACUGUUUGGCUGCUGUGGACACCUGCAUGUCAAAUCUAUGCAAGUGGAGUGAAGAGGCAUUUUACGGCAGCAUCUGUGAGGAUGAAGGGUGCCAAAUAAAAGGCUCAGAGGUCUGUAACUUGACCUUCCAGACUGUACUGGACCAAUUUCCCUCUCUGCACGGGUGUGUGUGUGCCUGGGAAGAGGAGCUUUGUGACUCUAUACAAGCGCUGGCCAUACAAUGCCACCAAAAGCCAGAAGCUCAGAGGAGGAGGAGCACAGUGAUGGACUGGCAGUCAAGUAGUUUAAUAGGCUAUGUACACAAUGGUUCUGCAUCGUGCUUGGACCAAAUGGCAGUUUGUGUCAGUGAUCCAGUUUGCAACAGGUACCUAGCACCUGUCCUUAGGGCAUGCACGGAACAACAGUGCGACCGCGACCUCUGUCAGCAAGUGACUCAGCAGUUCUACGGCAGCAUGCCGCACAAUGUCGCAGAGAUGCUGGUCAUGUGUGAGUGUGAGGCUUUAGAUCAGAGCUGUCUGGAUAUGAAAACUGCUCUGCAUACAGGCACAUGUGGACCGCAGACCAGAAUCUGCCAGGAUACAGUUAACCAGUGUGUUGAGGACAGUCACUGCAGAGACCUGUUAAAAACUUUCCGAGCCAAAUGCUGGAGCCCUGAAGAAGCACAAUGCAGCCACAGUGACCUCCAAAAUGAUGAAUGUAUCACACAGAUGGAUUCAGCUCUCAUCCUUGGUGCAGAUCCUGAAUGUAAAAUUGCCUUCUUGGCCACUUUGGGCACAGCACUUCACUAUCCUUGUGCAUGCGAGGGAACGCGCAAUAAUGAUCUACUGACGUGCAACAUGAUUCAUGAUGUGUUUCAUAAUAGAUCACGCUUCAUUAAAUCUUGGAAAAGCAGCAGUGGUCCUACUAAACCUCCUGAAAUUGAUGAAUCUGAGCAAGUUCAUACAUGGUCACAUGAUUAUCUACUGUAUUCUUUUGCAACUGUGCCACUUGUUGGAGUUGUUACAUUAAUGCCUCUGGCUGUUGUCAUUAAAAUAUGGAUGUUGAGAAGAGACAAAACAAAAUUUCACCAUCCGCAGAACAGCAAUUGUGUUAUUCCCUGA